AUGGUCUACACAAUCGUCGUUCACCUGCUCGCCAAGGAAGACCAAGAAAGCAUUAACAAGCUGAGCGCUAAGCUUGUCGAGGCUAGCCAGGUGUACAGCAAGGACAAGGAGACAUUGAGCUGGUUUGUUAUGCAGGACACUGUCGAUAAGAGGAAGUUCACUAUCGUUGAGCGGUAUCUGAAGGAAUCUUCUCAACAAUACCACCUGAACAACCCCUACUGGAAGACUUUCGACCCAUACGUGAUUCCUUUGUUGGCCGCACCCAUGGAUCUGAGGCGCCUGGAAGAGUUGGACACGACUGUCACGAGCGCGGGUGCGCAUUACCAUGAAGACGCUGUAAAGACGGAGACCAGUGUUGGCGAUAUGUACAAGGGAACUGACGCUUAG